CACCGUAGCACGACUUGCCUUCGGCUGCCAUAUCGCUCGGCCUGCUCUGCUCGCGCAACCCGACUUUCUGCUUUCCCAAUCCGACGCGUGUCUGCUUUCCCAACCCGACGGGUGUCUGAUCAGGAAUACAGAAUCAAACUUGUCUGAUUUUUGUGUCUGAACCACUGGGCAACCUGAUCUCUCCGACCCUUGUCGGUCUGCGCUCUCGUUUCGACGUUCUGCGACUCCGAGUCCGCUGCCCAAGCAACCACUCUGCCCAAGCAACCACUCUGCGAAAACAUACCUCCUGUGAAAACAUACCUCUGCGAAAACAUACCUCUCUGCGAAAACAUACCUGUCUGCCAAAGCAUACCUUCCUGCGAAAACAUACCUCUCUGCGCUCGAGCCGCGGCCCUAUCCCAACAUGCCCCCACCCACUCCCUUCCGCCCCGCGCUGCUCGUGAUCGACAUGCAGAACGAUUUCUGCCCGGGGGAUGGUGACAUCCCACCCGGCGCCCUCCCCGUCCCCGGCGGCCGCGACAUCAUCCCCGCCAUCAACGGCCUCCUCGCGCGGCCUGCGUUCGUGUACAGGGUGGCGACGCGGGACUGGCACCCGAGGGGGCAUGUGUCGUUUGCGGAGAAUCAUGAGGGGAAGAAAGCUUUCACCGACUCCGUGACCAUCACGCACCCCGAAGACGUCGGGAAAGGGGGUGGGGACAGCGGGAAGGACGCCCCCAACCCGACACGGCGCGCGUAUACGACGCGCCUCUGGCCCACGCACUGCGUGCAACACACCUGGGGCGCAGAGCUCGUCGCCGGCCUCAAUCUCUCAGCCUCUUCUGCUGUCGAUAACGCGAACGAAGAAGGAAGGGGAAACGCACCAGCCGUCGACCUCAUCCCCGCCAAAGGCGUCGACCUCGACCUCGUCCCCGCCAAAGGCGUCGACCUCGACCUCGUCUCCGCCAAAGGCGUCGACCUCAUCCUCGACAAGGGCACCGACCCGCGCGUGGAGAUGUACUCCGCGUUCUACGACCCGCUAAAGGUAGAGGAUAGCGGGCUGGCGCGGAGGCUGAAGGAGGUGGAAAUCAAGGGGGAGAAAGGGGUGGAACAGAAGGGGGAGAAAGGCAUAACGCACGUCUACGUCGUCGGCUUGGCCUAUGAUUAUUGCGUGCGGGCGACCGCGCUGGACGCGAGCGCAGAAGGCUUCGACGUCGUCCUCGUCCGCGACGCCACGCGCGCCGUCGACCCCGCGCCCGACAAGUUGGCCGCGCUGGAGAAGGAGCUGGAAGGGAAGGGCGUGAGGGUGAGGGGGUUGGAGGAUGAGGAGGUGAGGGGGUGGUUGGGGUAGGGGGGGAAGGAUGGGGUAGGUUGAACUGGGAAGAGAGGGAAUGAGGUUCGGCAGAGAGAAUGAGGUUUGGAAAAGAGAGGAGACGGCGAACGAGGUUGAUUAGAAAGAGAGGACGACGAACGAGGUUCAUUGGAAAGAGGGGCCGGGCUUAGGGGGGGACGGGGGGGGGG